UUCUCUCUCACUCUUGCUCUCCCUCGGCCACUUACACACUCAUGCGUUUAUUCUCUGACAUGCUCCCUCCCUCUGUAUCGUUCAAUCAUUCAGAAGCUGGUGACUGACAGUGAGAAAGGGCUGUUCUUGCUCUGAAUCAAAUAACAGGAGGAAAGAAGUGUUGGCUGACAUAAGCACCAUAAAGCAGAAUAAAACAGUUGAGGACUGCCCUUCCUCCACUCCUGCCUGUGGACAGAGGAGCUGAGAACAGAGACACACAGAAUACUCAGAGAAAAAGCUGUCAGAUAUGAGUCUGGGGCCGGCGUGCAUUUUCCUGAGAGGAGCUAAAAACAUUGCGCGUCCACUCAGUGACGAGGAGAUAGACGAGCUGCGCGAGGCAUUUGCUGAGUUUGAUAAGGAUAAGGACGGUCUGAUCAGCUGUAAAGAUCUGGGCAACCUGAUGAGGACCAUGGGCUACAUGCCCACUGAGAUGGAACUGAUUGAACUUAGCCAGAACAUCAACAUGAACCUUGGAGGAAGUGUAGACUUCCAGGAUUUUGUUGACCUCAUGACCCCGAAGCUGCAGGCAGAAACAGCUGGAAUGAUCGGACUAAAAGAGUUAAAAGAUGCUUUUAGAGAGUUUGAUAUGGAUGGUGACGGCUCUAUCACCAUCGAAGAACUGAAGCAUGCCAUGCUAAAACUGCUUGGUGAAAAUCCAAACAGGAAGGAAAUAGAAGCCGUGGUCCGAGAAGCAGACAACAAUGGAGAUGGGACCGUUGAUUUUGAGGAGUUUGUCAAAAUGAUGUCGAAAAAUUGAGAAAACAACCGAGACACUAAAGAAGACCUGAAACUCACUCCAAAGAAGAAAAAUCUGCAUCAGAGACAGAGUCAGACAGCCAACAAAAUCACUGGCGACAGUACUAUGCAUAUGGGAACAUUAUUUUAUACCAUUUUGUUUGUGUAUUUUUAUCUUACUCUUUGAGUGCCACUUUGUUUUGCUUCACUGUUACAUGACCUUAAACACUGAAUCCUCCUUAAACUGUGUAAAUGAUAAUUUUGGCAUAUUUCAGUAUUAUUUAACAAUAUUUCGGUGUAUGUCUGAUAUAUAUGUUCAGAAUUGGAUUGUGUCUUUCAUUGGACAUGCAAUCUUGACCUUUUGGCAUAAAACCAAGUUUAAAAACUC